AUGGGUGGGGAAGAGACUAGCCCAGAGAAGCGCAGAAGUAGCAGAGACGUCCGAAGAAGUCUUGAGGGUGGCUCGCGGCUCGAAAUCCGAACGCGGCUAAGAAGCCUCAGUCACAGGCGACGAAACGAAAACCACGAACCGAUACCGCAGCCAGAGAAGAAGAGUGCGUCAACUACAAUGCCAGAUGUGCGCUAUCUUCUCAUCUCGCCGCUCACGCCGCCAACCUCUACACUGGCUGCACCGGCGCUGAUACACAAGUUUUGGAGCAGGUCUAAAGACGACUGUCAGGAAGUGAUUGGAAAGCAUAUAACCCUAGCCAUCUAUGGCGAUCAAGAUAUCUUCGCUUCGUCAAAGAAAAUCCGGGACUGGUCAGAACAGCUCAAAGCCGAGCCGGCGUCACGCUUCACCAGUGUUGAGGUCGCCGGCGCAGGGCACUUUUGGCAUGAGAACGGCGUUGAAGUAAGACUAAGAUCUGCGCUGAAAGAAUGGGAGGCUGCGAUACGAUAA